AUGUUGACCAUUGCUCUUCUUGCCCUUCUUUGAGCAUCAGCCUCUGCCAGUGCCAUUCAGGCUAGGUCUUCCUCCUACAAUGGAGACUUUGGAGGCAGUGGAGGACGGCGUUUCUCCCAUUCUGGCAACCAGCUGGACGGCCCCAUCACUGCCCUUCGUAUCCGAGUCAACAGAUACAUCGUAGGUCUCCAGGUGCGCUAUGGCAAAGUGUGGAGUGCCCGUGUGGGUGGCACCGGGGGAAACCUGGAGGAGGUCUUUCUGCACCCUGGGGAAUCAGUGAUCCGGGUGUCCGGCAAGUACAAGAAGUAUCUGAGGAAGUUGGUCUUCGUGACUGACAAGGGCUGCUACCUGUCUUUUGGGACAGACAUAGGCACAAGCUUCAGUGCUGUCCCAUUGCACCCCAACACUGUACUACGAUUCAUCAGUGGCUGAGCUGGCUCUCUCAUUGAUGCCAUCGGCCUGCACUGGGAUGUCUACCCCAGCGACUGCAGCAGCUGCUGA